AUGACGGAGGUUGCAGAUGUUGAUUACACAUUGAACAAUCCAGACACCCUUACCAAAUACAAAACUGCGGCUCAAAUCUCACACAAAGUUCUCGAGGUUGUUUCAGGGUGGUGCGUGAAUGACGCCAAAAUCCUGAGUCUGUGCGAGAAGGGCGACAAGCUGCUGGACGAGGAGGUGGCAAAAGUUUACAAGGGCAAAAAGAUCUCGAAAGGCAUUGCACAUCCUACAACCGUCUCACCAAGCUCAUAUGUCACGCCAUACACUCCACUGGUCUCAGAUGCGGAAGAAGCAGCCGCUACGAUUAAAGCCGGCGAAGCUGUCAAAAUUCAACUAGGAGCGCAGAUCGAUGGUUUCGGAACAAUAGUCUGCGAUACCAUUAUCGUUCCCCCAGAGGAAUCAGAUGAGCCUGAGAUUAGCCCACGGCAGGCUGAUUUGCUCCUUGCCACGCAUUAUGCCAACGAAUUACUGUUGAGGCUGAUGGUGCCUCCGGGAAUAUUGGCAUCAGGAACAGAAGAGGAGAAGAAGAAAGCUGCUUCUCAAAAGCCACCAAGUCAAUCGAAGAUCAACCAAAUGCUGGACAAGGUAGCCAAGAGCUACGGAUGCAACAUCGUACAAAAUACAACUUGUUGGCUUUUUGGUAGAAACGAGAUUGAGGGCAAGAAGAAAAUCAUUCUAGGUCCUACUGAAGGCAUGAAAGGGGAGGGUUCAGCGGAAGUGGGCGAAGUCUGGGGUGUCGAAAUGGGUAUCAGCCUAGGCUCUGGCAAAGUCAAAGACCUAGAAAAAAGGUCUACCCUCCAUCGUCGGACUGCCACCACUUACGGCCUUAAACGGCCCAGCUCCAGGCAAACACUCUCAGAAAUCGUCAAGAAGUUUGGUACAUUUCCUUUCAGCUUGAGGCAGCUCGAUGAUGAGAGAGCUGGAAAAGUUGGGGUGGUGGAAUGUGUUAGGGCCAAUGUUAUUCGAGAAUACAAGCCAGCGGCUGAGGCUGAUGGUGAGCCUGUGGCACGACUUUUCACCACGAUCGCUAUCACUAAGAAUGGAAUUACACGACUGGCGGCACCUCCAGCGCCCGAUAUGAACACAUUGGAGACAAAAAACAAGAUCACCGAUGAGGAGAUUCUUAGCAUUUUGGAAAGGCCAACUGCGAGGUCGACGGGAUCCAAAAAGAAGAAGCCCAAAAAGAAGAAGACGACCACGAAGAAGGACGAAGAAGGCGAAGAAUCUAGCGAUGAAGAAUAA